AUGUAUUCUGCCUCUGCCUCAUGGCAUCCCGGUCCCUCCCCUACCCUCGAGGUAACGAGAAACCCGUCGCCGCCAGCCUCUGCAACCGCUGCAACUUCACCGCCGCGCGUGAAUCGACUGCGAGGGUUGACCUACCUGCGAGCAUAUACUCAGCUCCAUAUUUUAUCACGCGACAGCCAUAGUAGGAGCAACUCAAGCUCCAGCGGCAGCACUGCUCCAGCUCCACCGCGACCUCCACCUCCACAGCGCCCAUCCACCACACCGCGACCGAGCAGUUUCCCGUCAACCACAGGCCCUGGGACAGACCUAGGCACAGGCACAGGCGCCAGUACAAGUCCCGAUACGGCAUCCGCUCGAGGAUCUUCGUCGUCUGCAUCGUCGACAUUUGUAGCACGUCUACCUGCUCCCCAAAACACUCGCCGAUUGACAGCGCCAACACUCGCUACAACAACACAGCAAUCGGUGACCGACGCCCUAUCUGCGAGAUCGAGCUCCCAAAAUAACACAGACUCGCCAAAUGGUUGGCCCCCAGCAGUGGGCGGACAGACACAGACCAACCUUUCGCGUAUUGGAAAUGAACCCAACCCCCAAACUGCAGCAACCACCUUGCCAUCUGUUUCUCUAGGGAGCACUCCAUCUGCAGAGCUUUUGGAUCAUACGCCAACGAUGCCUCGUACGCGCUCGGCCACUGCUGGGGUUUCGACAGACAUGUCGCCCGCUGACGGAGCCGCAGAGUCACAUAGCAGCGAGGCUGUUGCGCAGAAUGAGGCGGGCAAUGCAAAGGGAAUGUCCCACCAACUUCCUUCCAUACGAUUUACAGCCCACCAAGACCCAAGAGCGACGAGGCCUUCGCUGGCCUUUAAUCCCAUGGCGCGGAUAUUACCCAGUGGGAGCGAAGUCAUCAAGGUCGGCCGAUAUUCUGAGCGAGAUACGCAGCCGGCCCAAGCAGCAAAUGCGCCCUCCGCCGCGCCUGUCGGAUUCAAAUCCAAGGUGGUAAGUAGGCGGCAUUGCGAAUUUUGGUAUUCGAAUGGACGUUGGUACAUCAGAGACGUGAAGAGCUCGUCGGGGACCUUCCUCAAUCAUAUCCGCCUCAGCCUACCGGGGACUGAAUCGAAACCAUAUCCAGUGAACGAUGGCGAUAUCGUACAAUUAGGCAUCGAUUUCAAAGGAGGGGAAGAGAUGAUAUUCAGAUGUGUCAAAAUCAGGAUAGAGCUCAACAAGGGAUGGCAGAAUGGGCCCAGUAGCUUCAACGUGCAAUCUCAUAAACGUCUGCGUGAGUUGAAUAGUCAAGGGAAACCACCAACUAGUGGCUCCUCACAAGAUUGCUCCAUCUGCCUUGGUCCGAUCGCUCCCUGUCAGUCUUUAUUUGUUGCCCCAUGCUCACAUACAUGGCAUUACAAAUGCAUCCGAGUUAUAAUAAAUGGACCGCACUGGCCUCAUUUUGUCUGUCCAAAUUGUAGGAGUGUUGCGGAUCUGGAGGCUGAGCUUGACGAUCCAUUUGCAAAUGCUGGUGAAUGGGAGGAACAACCGGCCAUCGACACAACCCCGGUGCCACCUGAGGUAUCCGAAUCGUCAGAUAACGCAGCGGAUCGACCCCAAGAAGUCAAUACAACUGACGCAACGGAAGUCCUUGUCCAAAGUUCAACAGGUGGUUCUGAUCAAGGGGGGCAGAGCGAUGUGGCAGAAGCCAGCGAUGAUUCGCAAACAAGUCAAGGAGUUGAUCGACUAGCUGAAGACAUAGAGGACAUCAAUAUCGAAGGAUCGCCAUCUUCGUCGACGUUCACGGACUCGCAGCUCCCUCAAAUAUCCAAUUCAACCGUAGCUCCUGUCGAUAUUAUAAGUCGGAAGCCUGUUGCGAACCAGGCAUCGGGCACGUCAUCUCGUCUCGACCAGCCAGAUCCGCAUGGUCGAAGUCUUACUCGCACACCAAGUCCAAAUGGAGCAUCGGACUCACUAGAUGUGACUGCUGGAAAAGAGGGACCCAUGACUCCAAGAAAUGACGCUGGGCCUUUCAUUUUUGAUGGAAGUGCGGGACGGCCCUCAGAUGUUAGAAUGGCUACUAUUGCAACUAUGAAUCUGAACGCAGCGGCUAACACGCCUCCGUCACUUCUCGCACCUGAAACAACAUCAUAG